GUGGUGGAGGUGCUGAUGCCUGCGGCGGACGCGGCGGCGGCAAAGGCCAUGACCAAGUACCUGCAGGACGCGGCAUCGUUUCUCGGGUUGAAGAAGCCGGAUCGGGUUGUGCUGACCAAAGACAUCAUCACAUCGCAUCCGAUGGCGUCGCAUGACGAGCUGGAGACGGUCGUCCGCGAGCUGUAUGCGCUGCCGCAGCGCGAGUUCCACUACACGGCUUUGGAAGUGUUUUCCAAGGCCAAGAAGGUGUGGGAGCCCAAGGCCUCGCUCGAUCUCGCACGCUACAUGGUGGUGACCGAGCCGUGGUGGGAUACGGUCGACAUGAUUGCUUCACAUGCUGUUGGCGGCCUACGGGCCAAGUUCCCGGCCGAUCUCCAGCUGAAAGCGACAGUGGCGAGCUGGAUCGCAGACGACUCGUUCUGGGUCCAGCGGGCGAGCAUCCUCCAUCAGCUGCGGUUCCGUGACAAGACCGACGAGAGCCUGCUCUUUGCCUCGGCCUCGCACCUCCUCUCCAACAAGCGUGAUCCAGCCGAGUACAGCCAUGCGCGCGAGCGGUUCUUCCUCGACAAGGCCAUCGGCUGGGCGCUGCGCCAGUACUCGACACACAACCCGGAGGCUGUUGCCAACUACGUCGCGAAGCAUUCAAGCCUCAUGUCCAAACUCACCUUUCGCGAGGCUACUCGUCGGUUGCCUGCCGAUCUGCGGACCGAGCUCGCACCGCACGCCGAUGUCGGGAGGAAGCGCGCAGUUCGCCAAGCGCGGGCCAGCGAGUCCAACUCGGCUGCCGAGGACGAGCACAAGAAGUAAAGGCGGCGCGUGGCA